AUGCAGAAGAACCUGGACCAGUCCUCAUGGAAAUUUUUGCAGUGGUUUAGCGAUGAGGACCGCUUCCGGCAACCUGCAACGUCUGACGAGUAUGCUUUGCGGCUGCCAUUCACCUUGAAUCAGCUGAUGGUUGCCAAAACUCAGCGACAAGCCAUGAGGUUGGUGCUGUGUGCCGUGCUGCUGACGGCCAUAACGGCGGCCAGAGGAGACUCCGGCACGUCGUUCUCAUGCAUGAACAACGACGACGAAAGCGUGCCUUGGUUCGUCGUCUACGUGCUUCCGAGCGACGCCAGCAGCUCGAUGAGCCUCGUCAAGGACGGCGGCGCGUUUCUGUACAUGGACUCGAAGUCGACGGACUGGGUGAUACCGAACGUGACGCUGAAGGACACGAACCAGUCGGUUUACUACACGCUCGAUCAGUACUAUUCGGACAAGAAGAACCCGAACAACAUGGCCAUUUUCUACAACAACGUUCCGGCAAACGGCGUCGCCUGCAAAUGCUCUGGCGACCAAGCAUCAGGACCGGGUGCCAGCAAAGGGGUGGUGCUGACCAGCGGCAGCAACACUGUCUGGAUGAUGCACUCGAUUGAGGGCUUCCCAGACAGUUCCGAGUACGAGCCUCCACCGUCCGACAACGCCAAUGUCAUCGUCUGCUUGUCUUUGGCAGGAAAAUCGGCACUGGAUGACCUAGAUCUUUACUAUUCCUUCGUCGCUCCAACAAUGGCCAGCCAGUUAUCAGCCUACACCAAUACGUUGUUUACCUAUUCCGGCACGUACGCGCUAGCAUCGCAGCUGCAGACUUCCAUCUGCUAUCCACCUUGGCCAGUGGGAGCAUUCAUAGCGCUUUCUUCGUCGUCACCUUUGAUACUAAGCACCAGCGCGAAUAAUACCGACGUUAACAUUCAUAAUUCUGAAGACAAAUCCAACUGGGCUCUGGCUUACUCUCCCGGAUUCUGGUGUUUCUCGGACCUUCCGUGGACGCCGGAUCAACUGAAAAUGAGCGGAGGAGCCGUGUGCUUCACUAAGACUGAUUUCUCCUCAUUGGUGAGCGGUUUCGAGUCGAUUGCGGCGGCGGCGCCUCGCUCCUGUGCAAAUUAA